GAGAAGUUUACUGGAUUUGGAUUUAGCAUUACUCGAUUUGGAUUUUGAACUUAAUUACAAUAGUGAGCAGUUUAGAAGUUUCCAACUUAGCAGUUUCGAACUUAACAAAUCAGAUGUGUUAAGUUAAGCAUAAGCAAAUUGUGUUAAGUUAAGCAUGAUAAAUCUACGAACAACCAACAACAAACAAGGGUCGACGCCUGACCUCAGCAGACUACGGUUUAAGCACCAGCUCCUUGAUGAGACUCUCAAACAACAAGCUGCAAAAACAAAAGAGUAGGAAAAAUUAGGCAAUAUACACUUGUAUAGCCAAAACUUUUGUGUUUGUGCCAAUAAUAGCCAAAUUUGGAGAAAUACCACUUAUAGCCACUUCCGUCGAAUUCUUUAACGGUGUCAUCUGGCAAGCUGACUGUACUAACAGAAACGCUGACCUGGCAACAUUUCGUCAAUAACAUUGCCACGUGGAUUUAACUUAAAAAUACAAAAAAAGGAAAAAGAAAAUAAAAAAAAUCCCUAAAAAAUCUCCUUCCCACAUAUCUCACUGUUUCCGAUCUCUCUCCUCUCUCUGCCUCUCAAACUCCACCGGCCGGCAUCUGAAAAUCCCCUUCCCAUCUCUCUAAAUCCCUCUUGUCUUUGCACUUGCAUACACACCCCCACCACACCCACGAGUUGAGCUCUCUUGUUCCUUCUCUAAUGGCAAUUCUUCUUCACCCCCACCACACCUAAAAGUACUCGAAUUUUCAAUUUUUAACGUAAUUUCCUCUCCUACCCACUCCCUGUAGUGAAAUUUCCCGACCUGGGUUCUCGUCUAUUUUUGGAAUUUGCAUGGGAUUGCGGACUCGGAUCCUCCGAUUCAAAUGAACCCCUCAAUCGGAGCAUCGAGAUUCAAAGCGUCAUUCCAGAACUAUCAGUGGGAAGAGGCGGUGCCGCCGGCCAACCGAGCUUGUGGUGGUCGUCAAGGACGGAGAGGAAGCAGAGGACUUCGAGAGCAGCCGAUUCUGCUCGCCAGAAGAGGAAUCGUCAUGGAUGCUUGGACUCCGACGGCGACGACUUCUACUACUUCUUUUGGCAUAGAUUCGUCUCCCAAAAUCCCGAGCUCUACCUUUUGGGUCGUGCACCAGUAGUAGCUCCAAUGGGGAAAUCUGGGAAGAAGAAGAUGUACUUUGGGUUUUGUUUUUUGUUUUGGAAUUGGGAUGGUUUCUUUUGGGGUUUUCUGUUGAUUUAAUUUGGGGUUUUGUUGUUGGAGAGAGGAAGAUGGUUGCAGAAUCAAAUUAGGGGUUCUUUGGAUUGGAUUAGGGAUUUUUUGUUGGGGGUAGAAGGUGGUUAGAUGAGAGAGACGGGAGGAGGAGAGUCUUCUAACUCUACAAAAUUAUUUUUAAAGAAAAUUUAAAAUAUGAC